AUGUCUGAUGCCAUCGUUCUCCCCAGCCUUUCUCGAUGGACCAAGAACCAUCUCACUGCAAUUAUCCAGGCCAAGUCAGCCAGCGCCCUUAACGCAUCCCUUGACGCGUUCCUGUUCAAGGAUGCUGUUAUCACCGUCAACGGACGCAACAUCACUCGCGCCGAGUUUACGACUUUGUUGGGCGCCGAGAAGCUCGACGAAACUACCGCCUCCAUCUCUUUCACGGGAGCCGUCGAGGUGCCCGCUAAUCCCAAGAGCCACGAGAAUGCUGGCUCUGUCGGGGUCUUCUUCACCGCCACCAUUGCGCAAGCCAUUAUUAUUCAAGGUGCGCCUGUUGAACACUGGUUGACUGCAUCCAUCAACGUUGUAAUUGAACAAGACGAGAGUCUCCCACCACCACCCCACGGUAUCAAAGGGUUCACAGACCGACGAAGGGCGGUAACGCCGCAGCAACAGAGAAUUCUCACUGUUCGUGAUCGUCUUUGGUUCAAAUGA